GACUCGCCUAUCUUGACUAACGCCGGUUGCCUGGUUCCGAUCAAAAUUUAGUCCAAAACAACAGUGAAGCUUUAAGGAUGCAAAGAGUAAGGAGGAGAAGACGACUUCGAAGUCGUUGUAGUGUUUGGAAGUGAAAUAGAAGACCAAGUUAGGGUUUUUAUUUGCGUUUAGAGAAGGAAAGUUUUGUGAGGGAUUGAUUGGGUGAAUGGCAUCAAAAACUUGCAUGAAUGGAGCAUGUGGGGCGACAUCUUCGUUCGAGUGGAGGAAAGGGUGGCAUCUACGAUCUGGUGGAGUUGUGAAUCUCUGCGAUAAGUGCGGGUCUGCUUAUGAGAACUUAGUUUUCUGUGAUGCUUUUCACUCAAAAGAAUCUGGUUGGAGGGAGUGCAAUUCAUGUGGCAAGCGUCUCCAUUGUGGAUGUGUUGCUUCAAAGGAUGCACUUGAAAUACUAGAUAAUGGGGGUGUAGAGUGUAUUAACUGUGCGAGAAGUUCAAGACUUUCCUCUAUCCCAAGUGAUGGAAGACCGUAUAGAUUUGGUACAUCUGCAGUAGAUACUAUUUGUGAACUGCCAUCCAUUUCUGUGGACAAUACAGUGGAUGGUGAUGGCUCCCACCAUUUGCCCAAGCUCCUGAAGAUGGGUCAUAGCACAGGGUUGGACGACAACAAAGACAUGCUUCCUCAUAUACGUGUUGCAAGGCCACCUGCUGAGGGACAAGUGCGGAGCCAAUUGCUUCCACGUUAUUGGCCAAGAAUAACGGACCAAGAACUACAGCAAAUUUCUGGAGAUUCAAAUUCCACAAUCGUGCCAUUGUUUGAGAAAGUCCUCAGUGCUAGUGAUGCGGGUCGGAUUGGUCGUUUAGUACUCCCAAAAGCAUGUGCUGAGGCUUAUUUUCCGCCUAUCUCUCAACCAGAAGGCCUUCCGUUGAAUAUUCAAGAUGUGAAGGGCAAAGAUUGGGUGUUUCAGUUCAGAUUUUGGCCUAAUAACAACAGCAGGAUGUAUGUGUUAGAGGGUGUAAACCCUUGCAUACAGUCAAUGCAAUUACAAGCUGGUGAUACUGUGACAUUCAGCCGGAUCGAUCCAGAAAAGAAACUUGUUAUGGGGUUCCGAACGGCAACAAACUCUAUUCCUUUGCAGUCCCUGAAGGGAAGCACAGAUCUCCACCUAAGUGCUCUAUCUGAACACUUGAGUUCAGCUGACAUGGAUAUUGGCUGGCACAAAAGUGAGAAGUAUGGAAGCAGGACAAAUGAGAAUUUGCAGGUGCAGACAACACUGGGUCCAGAGAAGAAAAGGACUCGAAAUAUUGGGUCCAAAAGUAAAAGAUUGCUCAUAGACAGGGAAGAUGCUUUGGAGAUGAAGCUUACAUGGGAAGAGGCACAAGAUUUAUUCCGCUCUCCAAUUGUCAAGCCUAGCAGUUAA